AAGAACCACACACAAAGGGACACCGCAGAGAGAGAGAGAGAGAGAGAGAGAGAGAGAGCAGAGGAGCUCUUAAAUGGAGGAGAAGGAGAAGGAGGUGGGUCAGAGGCACACGUCUUGUUGCGGCAAAAUCCAUGUGCCCACAUGGAAGGAUAGAGAGAAGAAGAAGUAAGAGAGAGAGAGAGCCUGCACAGAAGAAGAACUCACCCAACAACCCCCUUCUCCUGUUGCUUAUUCAUUUUGCUGCAGACUCCCGACACCGGCAGUUACUCUUGUCUUGGCCGUUGCUUCCCAUCGCUUUAUCUAUCAGAUGAUUCUGGGUUUCAUCCAUGAAAUCCCCACUUCCCCAAUUGCACACUCCGUAGAUUGAAGGUAGAUUUUGGUUUUUGAAAGAGGGAGAGGGAGGUUGAUUGAUCGAGAGAGAGAGAGAGAGAGAUGAAGGAGAACAGCGAUGGGUUUGUGAGGGCAGAUCAGAUAGAUCUGAAGAGCUUGGACGAGCAGCUGCAGAGGCAUCUUAGCAGAGCAUGGACUAUGGAGAAGAAGAGGGAGCAGCAGCAGCAGGCCGGGAGGCCUGCCAGAGAAGAGUGGGAAAUUGAUCCCACCAAACUCAUCAUCAAAACUGUCAUCGCUCGCGGCACUUUCGGCACUGUUCACCGCGGCGUUUACGACGGCCAAGAUGUUGCAGUUAAACUUCUUGACUGGGGAGAGGAAGGUCACAGAACUGAUGCUGAAAUAGCUUCUCUUAGGGCUGCUUUUACACAGGAAGUUGCUGUUUGGCACAAGCUUGAUCAUCCUAAUGUAACUAAGUUUAUAGGUGCUACAAUGGGCACACCAGAGCUAAACAUACAAACGGAGAAUGGUCAUAUUGGCAUGCCAAGUAAUAUUUGUUGUGUUGUUGUUGAAUAUCUACCUGGAGGAGCAUUAAAAUCCUACCUCAUAAAGAACCGGAGAAGGAAGCUGGCUUUCAAAGUAGUUGUUCAACUGGCACUAGAUCUUGCUCGAGGGUUGAGCUAUCUUCAUUCUAAGAAGAUUGUCCACAGAGACGUGAAAACAGAGAAUAUGCUCUUGGACAAGACUCGUACCCUGAAAAUUGCUGACUUUGGGGUUGCUCGCGUUGAGGCUUCCAACCCGAAUGACAUGACUGGCGAGACUGGAACCCUUGGCUACAUGGCUCCAGAGGUACUCAAUGGCAACCCAUAUAAUAGGAAGUGCGACGUUUACAGUUUUGGCAUCUGCUUGUGGGAGAUAUAUUGCUGUGACAUGCCUUAUCCUGACCUCAGCUUCUCAGAAGUAACAUCAGCCGUUGUCCGCCAGAAUCUGAGGCCUGAGAUACCUCGAUGUUGUCCGAGUUCUCUUGGAAAUGUAAUGAAGCGAUGCUGGGAUGCUAACCCUGACAGGCGGCCAGAGAUGGACGAGGUAGUGUCCAUGUUGGAGGCAAUUGACACAUCAAAGGGGGGAGGGAUGAUUCCUCUUGAUCAGCCUCAGGGAUGUUUCUGUUUCUGCAGGUAUCGAGGACCUUGAAUGGAAAUACUUCUUUUGGCAAAUUGACAGAUGUGAUUCAGAGACGAUGUCUAGAAAUCCAGUUUGUAUUAAGGUGGAAGAAUUGGGUUUUCAGAGCAAGGGGAUACUUCUACAUGAAGAGUUUACGAUAAGUGGAGCUCUGUGAUAUCUUUACCUUCAUCGGUAUAUGGAUGCUGUAAAUCUUUUCUUUCAUCCUGCUUCUUUUGUUUAAAACAAAGAUGUAUGUGAUUGACUGGCCAGUGCUAAAUGGGUAAGAGGCCCAUCAUCCCUUAUGUGAGAUGAGCUUUCUUAUUUCAAUUGCUGUUAAUAUGGGGUUCCGUCCUACUAAGUGAAUCUCUUAAAGGUGUUUUUCAUGACCAUGUAAUGCUGAGAGCAAACUGACUGCGUCUCAAGUCUUAUGAUGAAUACAAAAUCUGUUGCUUUU